AUGGCUUCCAAGGGCGACGCAAAGGAGAAGGUGAGAUCCAAGAAGACAGACUCCAAAAAAGAGGGCUCCAAAGCCGAAAAGACUGGCAAAGCCAAAAAGGAGGGCGGCAAAUCAAGAAAAGCCGAUGCGAAAGAAAAGUCCAAGACGGGCGUGAAGUCUGACGGACCUCGUCGGAAAGAUGCCCAGCGCAGCCAGGCCGAGGAAGAAGCAAAAGAGCGCAGAGAUGCCGCCACGGCCGCUGCAAGGAAGCGGAAAGCCGAGGACGGCAGCACCAAGGAGAAAAAGAAGAAGCAUAGGAAAGACAAGGAAACUCCUAAGUCCAAGGAGCCAGCCGAUGCGGAGGAAGCCCCUUCGGCCGACCAUCGGCGAGUUCAAGGCGGAGCUGCAGACGCCAAGCAAGCGAAGCAAGCGAAGCUUGCAAGCAAUGGUGCAGAGAACGGCCAAGCUGGCCAGAAGCCUGCAGAGCCUUUGAGACGCCAAGCAGCCAACGGAGCCUGCGCAGCAGAAGCAUUGGAUGGCGAGCUGCCCGAGCUGCCCGAGCUGCCCGAGCUGCCCGAGCUGCAAGCUGGAGGCGCCUCGGGCAGCAUGCCCUCCAAGAGCCGUUCUCCAAAAGCAAAGGAUCCGAAGCAAAGCAAGGAGAAGGCAAAGCGAGGCUCCGGCGACAGUGUGUCGGACUACGACAGCGAGAGUGUCACUUCUGGUGCCCGACGCCGGAAGCGCCGGGAAGAGGCUGGCUUAAAGGCUGCCUCAGGAUUUGGGCUGGCACCGCCUCCGCCAGCACCGGCUGAUGCCAAUGGUCCCGUCAUGUACGGUCCAUCUAGUUUGGUGCCUUUGCCAGACAAGGUCAAGGGACUGUUGGAGCACAAGGACUCCCUAGCACAGGAAGUGCUUCGAAUGAAGAUGGCCGUUGAGGCCGCAACUGGGCAACCCAGUGCGAAAGUGGAAGGUAAGGAGGAGCCAGCCGAGACAACCUUGAAGAUGCCGACGCGGCUCACCGAGUGCUUGAUGGAUCCCGCCAACCACGCGAAGCUGCUCGCCAAGACGGGCCUGCUUUCUGCCACCCUCAACGAGGAGCGGCAUCUGGUUCUGCGGGCCCCGUCUCCCACCCGCCUGAAGAAGACACUGGGCCACCUGCGCCGCAUUGCGUGGGCCUGCCAAUGGGGUUGCAGCACUGCGAAGGUUUUCGCCCUGCUUGCAGAGCGUCCUGCCAAGCCGCUGAAUUCCAUUGUGCUCAGACUUGCUGCUACUUCCAGUCGCCUGUCAUCUCACGAUGCAAAGCUGAGUGCCAAAAUGCGCAAGCUGCGCAUGGGCACGCAGGCAGGUCCUGGUAUGCUGGUGCUUGAGGGCAUCACGGGGCUCUCCCGAAAGCACUGCACGAUUACCUUUGAGCCAGAUAAAGGUGCAUGCUACGUGCAGGAUGUCUCCACGAAUGGCACCUAUCUCAACGGCAAGCGACUUCCCAGACCACCCUACAAGAAUCCUUCGGAUGCUCGCGUGCGGCUUUUUCAUGGUGAUGAGUUGCUAUUCAAGUUACGCAGCGAGGAUGCAGAGGAGUUGGGAUACGUCAUCAACCUGGUCGAACUCAGCUGA